UUCCUCCUUGCCUUCUCUUAUUAAGCCAUAUCCAAUUCUCUUAAGACCAACAUUGUAGUCUCUCUCUAGUCUCUCCCUAUCUUUCUCUUUCUCUCCCUGGAGUUGUGAAUUGUGCUUUAAAGGGUUGAAAAUGGGGAGGAAAUGCUCUCAUUGUGGGAACAAUGGGCACAAUUCAAGGACUUGCAAUAGCCAAAAAGGCAUUUUGGGAGGAGGGGGAGGAGUGAGAUUGUUUGGUGUGCAAAUUUAUAUUGGUUCUUCCCCUAUGAAGAAGAGCUUUAGCAUGGAUUGCUUAUCUUCUUCUUAUAACUACAAUACCUCAUCUUCUCCUUCUUCAUCCUCAUCCUCAUCUUCUCUUCUUUGUAUCGAGGAAACCCCCGAGAAAAUAUCAAGUGGUUACCUCUCUGAUGGUCUUAUUGGCAGAGCUCAAGAGAGGAAGAAAGGAGUUCCAUGGACACAGGAAGAACAUAGAGCAUUUCUAGUUGGGCUUGAAAAGCUUGGUAAAGGAGAUUGGAGAGGCAUUUCAAGAAACUUUGUUACUUCAAGAACACCAACGCAAGUUGCGAGCCAUGCUCAAAAAUAUUUUCUAAGGCAAAAUAGCAUCAACAAGAAGAAACGUCGAUCUAGUCUCUUUGAUGUUGGAAGUAAGAUUGACCUGAAUUCUUCCUUGGAGCAAGAAAAAUGUGUUAACUUGAUGCCAAGCUCUUCUCCUUUGCCUGACCUUGAGCUUAGCAUGUCAUCGAGGCCAAUGCAUCCGAGUACUACCGGUUCAAGCUCUCUCUUGGUUGAGACUAUUAGAGUAACUUGAGUGCCUUGUAAAAUUUUGAGCUCAAGUAGUAGAUAUGGAUGCCAAAUGUUUCUUGUUACUUAUUAUGCAAUCAGUUGCAAAUAAUGGAUAUAUUUUGCAAUAAGUUAUAAUAUAGCAUCCAUUUUGGGAGCAUUUUUA